UUUCACUUCCUGGAUUUUAACAGUGCUGCACAAUGAAAAUACUAACUUUACUGAGCUUAUUAGCCACACAUUUAUCAGCUAGCAGCGUCAACAUUGAGGAGAAUGCAGGGCAGUUCUUCAGCAGUCGACAUACAAACAACUGGGCUGUUCUGGUGUGUACAUCCAGGUUCUGGUUCAACUACCGUCAUGUGGCCAAUACCUUGUCCGUCUACAGAAGUGUUAAGAGACUGGGCAUUCCUGACAGCCACAUAGUUCUCAUGCUGGCUGAUGACAUGGCUUGUAACCAUAGAAACCCCAAACCUGCCACAGUGUUCAGCCACAAGAACAUGGAGCUGAAUGUGUACGGCGACGACGUGGAGGUGGACUACCGAGGAUAUGAGGUGACGGUGGAGAACUUCCUGCGUGUUUUGACCGGCAGGCUGCCGCCCAGCACUCCGCGCUCAAAACGCCUCCUCUCUGAUGACCGCAGCAACAUCCUUAUCUACCUGACAGGCCAUGGUGGAAAUGGCUUCCUGAAGUUCCAGGACUCUGAGGAGAUAAGUAAUGUGGAACUGGCCGAUGCUUUUGAGCAGAUGUGGCAGAAAAGAAGGUACAAUGAGUUGCUCUUCAUCAUUGACACCUGCCAGGGCGCCUCCAUGUAUGAACGCUUCUACUCUCCAAACCUCAUGGCUUUGGCCAGCAGUCAAGUUGGAGAAGAUUCCCUGUCGCACCAGCCAGAUUUGGCCAUAGGAGUCCAUUUGAUGGACCGUUACACCUUCUACCUGCUGGAGUUCCUGGAAGACAUCCACCCAUCCAGCAAAGCCAACAUGAAUGACCUGUUCAAAGUAUGUCCCAAGAGUCAGUGUGUGUCUACACCGGGCCACCGUACUGACCUUUUCCUGAGGGACCCAGGAAGUGCCCUCAUCACAGAUUUCUUUGGUAGUGUGCGCAAAGUCGAAAUCACCAUGGAAACCAUCAACUUGACCGACCCCAUCGAGCAGGUGGAGCAGAAUUUUGUGAAUGAAGAGCGGCAGAAAGAGACCUACUCAUAUGUGGACCAGCUGCCCGUGUCUGAAAUAAUCCAUCAAAAGCCGAAGCAGAAAAACUGGCAUCCUCCUGAUGGCUUCAUCCUGGGCUUGUGGACUCUCAUCCUGCUGGUGUUCUUCAAGACGUACGGCAUGAAGCACCUCAAACACAUCUUCUGAGGCGUUGAUGCCCCCGGAUAUCUGAGGACAGCUGCACAUCUGGAGCGUGUACUGCAGGCGUAUUAGAGGUGCGCUUAUUUUCCUGAAAAUGGAAAGGAGAUGUGUGGCACCACAACUGCUUGGCCAGGAACUGUGAUGCAAUUGGUGCCUUUCUCUUUGGUUUCGGAUGACUGCUCUACGCUGAUGAAAUUUAACAUUUGUGUUGCCACUCACAGUGCGGCUAUUCUAAACCGUUUUGUGUGUUCUUCUUGACAACGUCUCCAACUUUUAAUUAUUUAUAUUUGUGUCAUAAAUUCUGUUUUGCCAUUCCAUAAUUGCUUUGAUUUGGUAAAAAAAAAAAAAAAAGCACUGAAUUGAGUCUGCAGAUAAGAAUUACAUUUAUUUUUGCGAGCGCUACUCUGCAUAAAUCAGCAGCAGUAGCGCUUUUUGUUUAAGUGCCACUGUGAAGAGAUUACUAUUUAAUGUCUCCCUUGUCCAUAUACAUUACACUGUCAUAUCACGCUCGUGAAGGAUAACAAUCACACAUAAUCCCAUCUCGCAUGAUGGACCCAUCCACUUUCCCAUUCACCAAAUUGCCCUCCCUGUGGAAACAUCCAUUAGCUCCCCAGCCGUGCACUCGGCUGAUUGUAUUCUGGGUGAUGGACGGCCGUUUCCCCGGCCAUUCCACGUCUCGCGCUACAGCAGCGAUAAGUGAGUGAUAACCUAGUAAACCGCCAGCCGUCCCACAUGAAUCUCCUCUGUGCUGGGGCGUGUCCCCCCCCCCUGCACGUGUAACCAUUCUGCAUUGUGCACAUUGUUGGGGGAGUGACUGAUGCUCAAAGCACGUGGGCUGAACCUGAGGUCCGCUGUGUUUGGUCCCUGGAGUGAGGACCCGCCCAUCGGGUGCCCGCUGCCUCGCUCCCUUGCGGCUAAAGUGGAAAAUAGAUGGGAGUUGGAAAUGAAACUAUAUGUAUUAGAAGGCAGCAGCUGUCAGCCACCCAAAGUCCCUUUUCUUUUUACAUUAUUUAUGCAAUACUUAUUUAUUUUUCCUUUUUCCUCCUGGUUAUCUUUUUAGAGAGAGCGAGUUCAUUUUAUUUCUUCAAUGGAAGGAUUUUUGAUACACUGAUUAAAGAUGAAACACUGACUCUUAAAAGAA